AUGUCUUUCCGGCCUGCAAACCCGUAUUGGAAUGGUGUACUUUUCGAACAAACGGGCGGUCUCGGCGGUGCCGAGCAGAUACAGGUUUACCUUCAAAGCUUGCAAAUAAUCUGGCGCGAUCGCUUGACUGUGCAUUCACGUCACGUCCUGGAGGCUGGGAAAAUUGGAGACCCUAUCACCUUGCCCCCACCCAUGUCCAAAGAGUCGCGCCUUUUCUCCAUACAUAUGGGCCUCGACGACUUCAUAUUCCCUCGUCUCCCGACCAUCUCUCUUUCCUUUUCCACCUCGCCCAUCGCCCAUAUUCUGCCUCCACCUUCCCAUCUUCCUCCACGCACGCGGGCUUAUGUGUGGGUGUGGCACAACAACUAUCAAUCUCAACCUCAAUCGGAGAGCACUUGUGCUUUUAAAUCAUCGGGAACGGCCGCCACCAAACCCGACAUUAUCAACAAACUCGAACCAGUGCCCGCACAAGAUAUCUUCUCCCACGACUGGAUAACGCACAUAUCCACCCACGUCUUCACUACCUUACACUACAUACCUUACCCCAAGCAAAACAACAUCGCUUUUACCCAUUCCACGUCUUAUGAUUCCGAACAUCCUCGCUUUCUCUUCUUGCGCUACACAAAUUUGCACAUUGCUUCUCCACCCUCCUUACCGGUGUUGUCCUCCGAACGCGAAUUGACGCGACGGACGAACAGAUCAGGUCUCAACCUGCAAGAUUGGCCGUUGCCCGUGUCUCUGCAACCACCCUACGGUCGUAAGGUAUUCCCGCGAGAAUUAUCCUGCAUCCCCUCCCUUGGAAGGAGUGAAGUGUUCUACCAUCUCCCUGAUCAUCUCGGUACCUCCCAUCAGACACCGUCACAAACAUGCCUCCCGUAUGGCCGGCCUACUCGUGCACAGCGUCUCGUCUCCAACGAGAAUGAUGAGAAUAGCGGCACCACCCGCAUGACGCGUGCAAAAGCUGCCGCUCAAGGCCUCGAUGAUCCCAGCCAAGCCAAGAGGGCACUCCAAACCAAGAAGGCCGUGAGCACGACUACGAAUGGACCUCAGAGGAAACGUGCUGCCCUCGAUGAUGUCAGCAAUGUCGGGAAAAUUGAAGCUGGCGAGAGCAAAAAGGCUUCCAGCAAGGUUGGCCUGGUCUCCAAGGCCGCUCAGCCCACCGGUGUCCAAAAGACUCAAUGCCGUACCACACGCACAGCUCUGAGUGCCAAGGACCCGAAGAAGGCGGUCAAUGUGAAGCGAACGGGUUCCGGUUCCGGAGCUUUGGUCGGCGUCCACAAACGCAAAGCGACGUCUUCCGCCAUCUCCGUGAAGGACGAAUCUUCUUUGGACGAUGGCGAGCCGGCCCAGAAAAAGCCUCACAUCCUUGACGCCGAUAAGCCCAUCCGGACCGACGAGAACCAGUACGCGUCCGCCGAUCCCGUUACUGAAACCGAGACUCAGACUCAGGUUGCGCCAAAGCAUGUCCUCCCUGAAGGUGUGCAGGAUCUGGAUACCGAAGACCUCGAUGACCCUCUCAUGGUUGCUGAGUACGCCACCGAGAUCUUUGAGUAUCUUCGUGACCUCGAAUGUAAAUGCAUUCCUAAUCCGAACUACAUGGACCACCAAGACGAGUUGGAAUGGAAGACUCGCGGCAUCCUCGUUGACUGGCUCAUCGAGGUCCAUACUCGUUUUCUUCUACUCCCCGAGACGCUCUUCCUCGCGAUCAAUUUGAUUGACCGCUUCCUCUCAGAGAAGGUUGUCCAGCUCAACAAUUUGCAGUUGGUCGGUGUUACCGCCAUGUUCAUCGCCGCCAAGUACGAGGAAGUCAUGUCUCCUCACAUUGGCAACUUCCGCAAAAUCGCAGAUGACGGCUUCACAGAGAGCGAGAUCCUGUCCGCCGAGCAGUUUCUCCUUCAGACACUGAAUUAUGACCUCAGUUAUCCGAACCCCAUGAAUUUCCUUCGUCGUAUUUCCAAGGCGGAUAACUACGACGUCGAGUGCCGUACUGUCGGCAAGUAUCUUAUUGAAAUUGGUCUCCUCGAUCACCGCUUUUUGGCCUUCCGUCCCAGUCACGUCGCGGCUGGCGCUAUGUACCUAGCCCGUCUGAUUCUGGAUCGUGGCGAAUGGGAUGCAACCAUUGCCUACUAUGCUGGCUACACUGAAGAGGAAGUCGAGCCCGUGGUUCGCUUGAUGGUAGACUACCUGGCACGCCCUGUCGUGCACGAGGCUUUUUUCAAGAAGUAUGCCAGCAAGAAGUUUCUCAAAGCCUCAAUCCUUGCCCGACAUUGGGCGAAGAAGACAGCUGCCCACUUCGGUAUCACGGACACACAUCUCAGCCUGGACCAGAUCUCUGCCAAAGAGGAGGACGGCCAUUAUGAUCAUUACUAA